AUGCUGAAGUCACAAAUCAACGAGCCACAGUUUGUGCGAGGGGUCAAGCCGAACGUCGUCGAGGAUCAAAUCGCCAUAGACGAUCUCCAAAGACCCGUGCACAUCGUGGGGAACGCCGAGGAACGCCGCAAAUCCAGACUUUUCAAGCUCGUGGGCCCGUACGCAGAACAGCAGCUCGAGUGGCUGGAGCCCAAUCCCGCGCUCGGCGAGGCGCAGCACGCCGCCGACAAGCCGGUCCUCAUGGAGUACAUGAAGCGAGUCGGGAACAAGUCGCAAAGGACUUACAUGGAAGGCAGGAAGAUCCUGGCGCUUGUGCGGGAGAGGCGCAUCGCGCUGCACGGCUUGAACCCCGGAGUGGAGGUGAUCAAGGUGCCGGCCCUGCCGGUCGGUGACGGGGGCCGGAAGAGCAGGGUCUACCCGGUGUUCAAUCGGUCAGAGGCGGGAUUCCAUCGCUACCGAGUCGCGGGGCGGGGACUGCAAAUGGUGGAUUCGUUCCCCGCAGAACUUGAGGAGGGGAUUCGUGGUGAGGACGCCUUGGAGGCAUCUGAUGUUGAGGAAGCGAGCGCUUGA